AUGAUGGCGUCUACACAACACUCCGCGACAGCGCAAGAUCCCGAGGCCGGGGCGCCGGUGCAGGAUACCAACUUCGCCCUCCCGACAUCUGCCCCACCCACGACUUCCAACUAUGGCUCGACACCAACCACGGCCUCAGCGCUAACGGCGUCCAAGCCCACGUCCACCUCGUCGCGCGCCGUAGCACCCGACCUGCUCCGCGGCCUCAUCCUGCUCCUCAUGUCUCUGGACCACGCAGCGCUGUUCCUGGGCGCCUGGUUGCACGGCACACCCAAACAGUCCGAGUCCGCAGGCACCCCUUUCACGCGCUGGAACUUCAACACCGCCUACAUUAGCCGCACCGCCACGCAUCUGUGCGCGCCCGGAUUCUUUCUCCUAAUGGGCAUGGGAUGCGUCUACUUCCACCGCUCGCGUGCCAAGAUCGGCUGGUCGCGCAGCAGGAUGGUGUGGCAUUUCACUGUGCGGGCGAUCGCGUUAACGGUGGUCAGCGAGGUGAUGGGCGCGACCAUGAUGCGGAGGUACAACAUCUUGGUGUUCAACAUCGUGCUGAUUGGCCUGGCGGUGGAUUAUUUGUUGACGGGGUUGCUGUGUUUGGUGAUGGAUGCGACCGAGGGUGCGGUGACAAGGUGGUUGGAUGCCGGGUUGGGGGAGGCGGUUAAGCAGCGUGUGGAUGGUGAGACGAGGCCCCUGCUUUCCAGCGACAAUGGUACUUUGACGGCGGCGACACUGACGGCUCCAUCGACGCGAUCCCAAACCCUCUCGUUCUGGCUGCACAACGCCGUGCUUGCCCUGCUCACGUACAUCACCAUCUUCUGGAAUGUCUGGCUCUCACCCAACGGCGGACACUGCCCCCCAACCUCGCUCUCCCCCUCUCGCUCUCCCUCUUCCACCGCACCCAUCGAACUCCUCGCACUCCUCCCCGCCACCAACACCGCCGCCAGCGCAGUCCAGCAAUCCGCCUCUCCACCAGGCUCCCACCUGGGCGCCUGGUUCGACUUUUGGUUCUACCCCGUAGAAAACGAAUGGGUCGUGUCCGGCUUCCCCCCGCUUGCCUGGAUCUCGUUCUGCCUGUUCGGCAUGCUCUACGCACGCAUCAUGCUGCACAAGCGCUGGACGGCGCGAGCGGUAGUCGCCUGGAAUGUCGGCGUUGCCGCAACGCUCGCCUUGCUGUUUGUAGCGACGCGGGUGCUGCAUUUCGGUAAUCUCUCGGAAGGCUGUUUGCAGAUGGACGAGCAGCACGCGAGACCGGAUGCAAACCAAUACUUGGUUAGCGUUAAGAGCUUCUUCUACAUCACAAAGUACCCGCCGAGUCCGUCGUUUAUGUUUUUCACCAUGGCGGUCAACUUUGCGAUGUUGGCAGUGUUCAGCGCGAUUCCCCCUGCACUGGCAACGGCCAUCCCGGGGCUGAUGAACUAUGGCGGUUCGGCGUUGUUCUUCUACGUAGCACAUAUGUACCUGUACAGGCUGCUCUCGAUCCCCGUGCGCUACUUUUUCGAGCACGAGUUGGAGGACAAGCCGCCGAACGAGUGGGAGCGCACUACGGGCGUGGGCAGCACCGCGCCGUUCUGGAUCACGUGGGUGGUGGGGUUGCUGUUACUCAGCCCAAUGUGCCGUGCCUAUGGCCGAUUCAAGGCCGCUCAGUCGACCGAUUCGCUUUGGCGCUUUUUUUAA